AUGGAGAAAGAUCAGACUGCAGCAAUCGAAAAGGCCGACGACAAGUUUGUCGAGCACGCGGCGAACCCGUAUCUUAGCUUGUCACCUGAAGAUGCAGACUUUAUGCGCCAGUAUGAAGGUCAGGCUGGUAAAAAGGUCGUUAGAAAGAUCGACUUCCGUCUUAUCCCCAUCAUGGCUGUCCUCUAUCUUCUCGCACAUAUCGACCGAGGCAACAUUGGAAAUGCAAAGAUUGAAGGCAUGGAUAAAGACUUGGGUUUGACUGGUAACCAGUACAACAUUGCGAGCACCAUCUUUUUUGUGCCCUACAUCAUCUUUGAGAUCCCGUCCAACAUCAUUCUUAAAAAAGUUCGACCCAGCAUUUGGCUUUCGUUCCUCAUCAUUGCUUGGGGUAUCGUCAUGACCUGCAUGGGUGUCGUCAAGAACUUUCACGGCCUGGUGGCCUGCCGCGUCGUCCUAGGAGUCUUCGAGGCCGGCUUCUUCCCUGGAGCAGUCUACAUCGUCUCGACGUGGUACCCUCGACACGAACUCCAGCAGCGUUUGGCCAUCUUCUACACUGCCUCGGCAUUCUCGGGCGCUCUCAGUGGCCUCCUAGCCUUUGGUAUCGCCCGUAUGGAUGGUGCUCGGGGCAUUGCUGGGUGGCGUUGGAUCUUCCUCAUUGAGGGUGCCAUUACAGUCGCAGCCGGGCUGGUCAUGCCGUUGCUGAUCAUUGACACCCCUGAACGAGCCAAGUGGCUCUCAGACGAUGAGAAGCGCUUUAUCGACUUGCGGCUGCGCUUAUCCGGUGUGCGAGCCAGCACUGAAGAGGGCGACAAGUUCUCGUGGAAGUUGCUGUUCCGCACCAUGGUGGACUGGAAGAUCCUCCUCGGCAUCAUCCUGGCGUGGGCCAACUCUGUUCCCAACGCUGCCUUCAAGUUCACCAUGCCGCAGAUCAUCAAGCAGCUCGGCUUCUCCACGGCACAGUCUCAGCUGCUGACGAUGCCGCCCUAUGUCUGCGGUGGCAUCUCGGCGUGGCUGUCCGGCAGGUUCUCUGACAGGUUCUCCUGGCGCAUGCCAUUCAUCGUGGGGCCCAUGUCUGUCCUGCUAGUAGCUUUGUCUGUUCUGUUCAAGUACUCUGCAAACGUGGCCGACAGCGUCCCGGCCAUGUACACGGGUGUGGUGCUGGCUCAGAUUGGUAUUUACCCACUUCUUCCUGGCAUCAGUGCCUGGACGGGCAACAACCUGGCUCCUUCGUGGAAGAGGUCGAUUGGUCUUGCUUGGCUUCUGGCAGCUGGAAAUCUUGGCAGUAUCAUCGGAACAAACAUCUUCUUGGACAGAGAGGGUCCCCGAUAUCCCACCGGAUAUGGCACUUCUCUGGGGAUCAUCUGCCUUGGUAUGACUACAGCACUGGUCAUGGAGUUCUUCCUCUGGAGGUCCAACAAGGUCAAGGCACAGCUUUCCGAGGUCGAUAUUCGUCAAAAGUACUCGCAGGAGGAGCUUGAUUCUAUGGGAGAGAAAAGUCCUCUGUACCAGUAUACUCUGUAA